CAACACACACUCUGUGCCUAACUCCACCUUCCCUUGCUAAGUCAAUUCUACACUCAUCAUCUACUCUAUGAAUGUGUGAGUCCCUCAGGAGCCCCCCAAAACCAGGGAUCAAAGGAAAGGCAGCAGCCACACACUCCCUCCCAUACCCCCCUACUGCUGCCCCUGUCUGCCGCUGCCCCACAGGGAGGCAACAUGUGUCCCCUGCCCGCCUUGUGUGGCGUCUGGCACUGAUCUUUGCUGCACCCAUGUGUCCCUCCGAUGACAAAGCUGCCCCCGCUGACCGCACUCAUGCCAGGAUGGAAGGAGAGGGAAGCCCUGUGGAAAUCCAAGCAGCACCUAUUGGUACCACAGCUGUGCCUGUGUCGCCCAGUUCCCCAGUCUCGCCCACUGACUCCCUCAAUGAAGAGAAGCGGGCACCCGCGGAUACAGAGGGGCUUCCUGCCAAUGUGCCCGUCAUAAGCCUUGGCCACAGCAAGAUGGCUUUGCAUCCAGAGCUCACUACCCUGCGCCCUGUACCCUCUCUGAUGCUGGCUUUGCCUGGCAUACGAACUCCAUUGUUCCCUCCGCAGUUCCACCCUCAUCCCUAUCUGCCCAGCCCAUACCUACGUGCCUCUAGCCUCUUCCCCAUCUUCUCCGGACGCUUCAAGAGAAGGAGUCAUCCUGAUAUUCCAGAGGUGCCAUUCAUAGGAGAAGUAAAGUCUGUUAUAAAGAAGAGGGCCCCUGCACAAGCCUGCCUCAGAGUCGGACUGGCUGGGGGCCACCUGCCCACAAGGCAAAGUCGACAGCCGCAGAAAGUCGCUCGCCGGGUAUUUACCAACAGCAGGGAGCGCUGGAGGCAGCAGAAUGUGAAUGGGGCCUUUGCCGAGCUGCGCAAACUGAUCCCUACGCACCCCCCAGACAAGAAACUGAGCAAGAAUGAAAUCCUGCGCCUGGCAAUGAGAUACAUUACCUUCCUGGUUACGUUACUGGGGGAUCAGCACGGCUCCCCCCCAAAACACUCCCCCGCUAAGAGAAGGCUCCCUGUCCUGGACUUACCCCCCAAGGGCAAGGAAAGCAACAGACCCGCUGGGCCGGUGCAGAGAGUGGAAGACAGACAGGAGGGGGGUGGAUUUGGGACAGUGUCCCCCGUCUCUGGAAGCUGCGGGGAGAGUCCGGAGAGCGAGGAAGAGGGGGAUAGGGGGCGCUUAGCUAUAAGCAGGCAGAGAGUUAUAGUUCAGGCAGAGGUGGGGGGGAGCUGAUGAGGGCUGUGGCAUGGGCCAUGUGAGGGACCAACACGAACUGAUAAACUUUAUUGUGGAUCUCAGAAGGCCCAGAAUGCACUGCUGUUCUCCAUAUCACAUGACCAAUUGACCAAUUGCAAUUCUGCCGGUACUGUGGGUCACCAUUCCCAGAAUUCCCCCUCAUCUGCAACUUUUCCCAAACAAGUCACAACUGCACUGGAUUUGUAUUCAUAAACACCUCCCAUGAUGCAUCAGUGUUCAUAAACACCUCCCAUGAUGCAUCUGUGUUCCUGCAGGAUGAUUUGUUGCACUGAAUUUCACUGGACGCUGCUGCCUGUAUGUUGAUUGGCUGUUAGGCCGCACCAUCUCCAAGGCACAGUAGCACUGGAUUCAAGGAGACUGCUCUCCCCGCAAUGGAUUACGCCAUGGAUUCUGGGAUAUCUCUCAUGGUGUUGCAUUCAUACGCCGAUUUAUUGAUGGAAAGGCUCGGCCAUUAGAAUGUAUUUCCCACAAUGCAACAUUACACUAGGGCCGGAUGAGCGGACAUUGUGGCCACCAGCAUCCAAUUAUGGAUAAAUUUACUGGACUCCAAUACCCAGAAUGCACUGCCAAAGUUUGGCCAAUUCAGACUCUUGAUGCAUUGAUAAUCUAUGGGUGAUGGGACUCAAAUGCACUAUUUGUAAUACAUUGUUAUGAAAUGAGA